AUGAGCGCCUGCGGAGGUCUUGCGCUUACAUUUCCUUACCCACGCACGAAUCCCGUCGAUUUUAGCAAAUUUUUCCCAUCCAAAGAUUAUCAGAUUGUGGAAUUGCAAACCAAAACCAAUGCCCUACGAAAUGAAAUGGCUGCUGCACUGGUGGAACAGGAUGCGGAGAAGGUUCUGAGGACCAUCGAUGAGUAUCUGCCUUAUCUUCUGGGGAUACAGAGAUAUGUCGAUGAGAGCAUAGAGAAAGAGGGGAAACGACCAUUGAUCCCCGACCUUGAAUUCCAGUGGACGAGCAGCUUUUCAAGGAGGACGGGCACUUUCUUUACCUUCUACACUCUCGCUUUCGAGUUUUUGAUGGUUUACACUUGUCGCAUGAUUUCUGAGGGCAACAUCGCAGCAUCUCAACUUGACUCGGUAGCCACACCGGCCGAUUACGAGAAUGCAGCGAAAGGCGCGCUGGCAAGGGUCAAGGCAGCGGCGGGGAUCGCCGCAUACAUUCAUGAGAACGUGCUCCCCCUACGUGAAUCGCUGCCGUACAAGCGGCCGCCAGAGGUCUUGAAAGAUUUUUUUCGUCCAAUCGUUCUCCUGUACAAGUGCACGGCUCAGCAGAUUGCAACCAAACAAGCUGCAAUCAAGGGGAUGAACAGAUCUCUGGUUGCGAAACUUUAUGUCACAGCAGCCAAACUUCUGGCAGAAUGCAAUGUUACCCUACAUCAGAUGGAUAAAGAUUACAAUGACUUCAUCCCGUCUCUUCGUGCAUACUCAGACGGAGGUUCGAAGUUUCUCAAAGCUGUUGCUAUGAGAUACAUGGCGGUGGAUGCCUGGGAAAACAAGAAGUUUGGAACGGGCGAAGCCCUGAUCAAAGAAGCACACUCUUACUUCGAGCAGGCGCUGCAGUCAGGAGUACUGAGUAGCGCUUCGAGAUCGCUUGCCAUACGGGUCGACGAGGAGAAAACUACCAUCGAAAAGCUGAAAGCGCAAUACGAGAAGGAGAACGGGUUGAUCUACUUCGAGCCUGCCAAGAAGAUGGAGGGAGUGCCAGAGGGGAAAGAGAUCACUGCUACCGACUUCACUCCGUACGUCCCGCCCACGGCUGUCACCUUUCACGUCGUGUGA